GAAGUUGUCGAAGGAAGUUUCUGUCCUACAUUAUUUGAGCAAAAUCCUGCACAUGCAGACGAGUUCACGACUACACGCCGGCUUGCAAAUGAUUGUUUCGUCAGAGCAGACUUUGGAAACUGCCCUUUGAGCUUGUGGUUUACAAUGGCAGAUAAGCAGAAGAAGCUGAACUUCUUUGUCAGGAGGUCUUUCUUUGGACAACGUUCACGUCGAAAUUCUGCAAAGAGUAAGAGUUAUGUGGAGGGGAAUGUUCAAAACAGUGAGCCAGGCCCAUCCUUGGACACCAGCACAGGAUUUGGCCAUGGCCGGGGCCCGGUCACACACAGUUCUUCCUUGAGUCCGGACCAGUUUGAGAGCCCAGUGUAUGGCCACAGCGUCCAGCCCGGUCCACAGCGCCCUCAGAGGCCCAAACUACAGCACUCCCAGUCCAUCCUCCGCAAGCAGGCAGAGGAAGAGGCCAUCAAGCGCUCGCGCUCCCUCUCUGAGAGCUAUGAGCUCUCCACAGACCUGCAGGACAAGAAGGUGGAAAUGCUUGAGCGUAAAUACGGAGGCCGUUUCAUAACCCGCCAUGCAGCGCGCACCAUCCAGACAGCUUUCCGCCAAUACCAGAUGAACAAGAACUUUGAGCGCCUCAGGAGCUCUAUGUCGGAGAACCGCAUGACUCGCAGGAUCCUUCUGUCCAACAUGAGGAUGCAGUUUUCCUUUGAGGCGCCCGAAAAAACCCACAGCUCUGUUUUGGAGGGGAGGCAGAUGUCUCUCCUGGACGACCUCAGCCAAGUAGGAGGCAUGGUGCAGGCUGCAGAGAUGGUCCCUGUCAUUUUGGAAGCCCCGGAAACUCAAAACGACUUGACAGACACCAUCACAGAGCUAGAAGACACUUUCUCCAGGCAGGUGAAGUCACUGGCAGAGUCGAUUGAUGAUGCUCUGAACUGCCGUAGUCUGCACAAAGAGGAGACCCAGCCCGAGCCAGCAAUCUCUCAGGAGAGCAAGCAUCAGGAUAAUGAGAUCUGCGACGUGACGCUCUUCAUCGACGAAGAGGAGCUCUCUCCGCUGGUCCAGGCAUCCAGGGAUGAGAAGCUGGACACGGAACCUCCUUCCCUCGAGCGCAAGGGGCCAGACCUACCCCUGCUGACCAUCGAGCCUCCGAGUGACAGCGCAGCAGAUACCAGCCACCUCACCAAGCAAGAUUUCGCCCAGCCACUAAACGUUCACCAGCGCACAGUGGCUGGACCCCGUCCCAAACCAGCGCUGCCUGCUAGAGUCCCCUCGCUCUCUGGAGAUGAAGAGCCGCUUCGACACCGGCAGCUGGAGAGCCACCUGGCCACCAACGGCAAACGGCAGAGCAAGUCUGAGUCAGACUUCUCAGAUGGAGACAACGACAGCAUCAACAGCAACUCAAACUCCAUUGACACCAUAAACUCAGAAACGUCAUCCAGAGACGAACAGUGUCUCAGCAAACAGACGUACCACAAAGACACUCGCAACAGCUGGGACUCUCCGGCCUUCAGCAGCGAUAUCAUGCGCAAGAGGCAGUACCGCAUCGGCCUCAACCUCUUCAAUAAAAAGGCGGAGAAGGGCAUCCAGUACCUGACGGAAAGGGGCUUUGUACCUGACACGCCCGUGGGUGUGGCCCACUUCCUGCUGCAGAGGAAAGGCUUGAGUAGACAGAUGAUUGGAGAAUUUCUUGGGAACAGACAGAAACAGUUUAACAGGGAUGUCUUAGACUGUGUGGUGGAUGAGCUGGAUUUCUCAGUGAUGGAGCUAGAUGAGGCUUUGCGGAAAUUUCAGGCUCAAAUCCGGGUUCAGGGCGAGGCACAGAAGGUGGAGCGCCUUAUCGAGGCUUUCAGUCAGCGUUACUGCAUCUGUAACCCUGAUGUGGUGCGUCAGUUCAGAAACCCUGACACCAUCUUCAUCUUGGCCUUCGCCAUCAUCCUCCUCAACACAGACAUGUACAGCCCCAACGUCAAGCUGGAGCGCAAGAUGAAACUUGAGGACUUCAUCAAGAAUCUCAGAGGGGUCGAUGAUGGCGAGGACAUCCCUCGGGAGAUGCUGGUUGGGAUUUAUGAGCGAAUCCAGAAGAAGGAGCUCAAAACCAAUGAGGACCACGUGUCUCAGGUGCAGAAGGUGGAGAAACUCAUCGUGGGCAAGAAGCAGGUAGGUUCAUCAAAAUCCUGCUUUACACAGGUCCUGUCUCUACCACAUCGCAGGCUGGUAUGUUACUGCAGGCUGUUUGAAGUGCCAGACCCUAACAAACCUCAGAAACUGGGUCUCCAUCAGAGAGAAAUCUUCCUAUUCAAUGACCUUUUAGUGGUCACUAAGAUUUUCCAGAAGAAGAAGAAUUCGGUGACGUACAGCUUCAGGCAGUCCUUUUCUCUAUACGGGAUGCAGGUGCUUCUUUUUGAAAACCAGUAUUACCCCAAUGGAGUGCGUCUCACUUCAGCUCUUCCAGGCGCAGACAUUAAGGUUCUCAUUAACUUCAACGCCCCCAACCCGCAAGACCGCAAAAAGUUCACAGAUGACCUGCGGGAGUCCAUCGCAGAGGUGCAGGAGAUGGAGAAGUACAGAAUAGAGUCCGAACUGGAAAAGCAGAAAGGUGUGGUACGUCCCAGCAUUUCCCAGAGCUCGGGGCUGAAGAAAGAGACAGGAAACGGCAAUCUGAGUCGCACCAGCCUGGAUGACAGCUAUGCCAUGGGUGAAGGCCUGAAGAGAAGUGCCCUCAGCAGCUCCUUACGUGACCUUUCAGAUGCAGGCAAGCGGGGGCGCCGCAGCAGUGCAGGAUCUCUAGACAGCAAUAUGGAAGGGUCCAUCAUUAGCAGCCCCCACAUACGGCGUCGAGCCACUUCCAGCCGCGACUGCCCCUCUCGUCAGCAGUCCAUCCCCAACUCCUCUUCUCUCCUGGGCUCUCUGUUCGGCACCAAGCGGGGCAAGUCGCCCUCUCUGCCUCCCCAGCCCUCGCACCCCUCCCACCCGACACUCAUUUCUCACACCCCGCAUCCUACCAACCUGCACCACACGGCCCGCGAGGGCGUCACCGAGACCCAAGCCCAGAUGCACCCCCACCACGCUCAGUUUUGCCACAUGCAGAAUCCUCCUCCGUACCACCACCAUCAUCACUACCACCCCCCAGCGCACAUUCAACACCCGCCCCACCAGUACCACCCCCCGCCCGGCCCCUCGUCCUCUCACAGCCACUCGCAUGGCCCCCACAGCCACGGGCCACACCCCUCGCACCCCUCCCACUCCCAGCAUGCACCUCACCACCACAGCCAGCCGCCGGCUCCUCCUCCGGCGGCCAGCAGCACCAAGCCCAAACACAGCGGCAUCAGCACUGUGGUUUGAGCCCUUCCUUGAACUCUUUCCGCUAGGGAAUUGGGACUGUUUUUGGCGGGGUGACCGUUGGGCCUCUCUUUAGAUUGUGACGUGCAAUGGAUUGUCGCUGCCUACAAGGACACGAACAAAAGGGCACCAUGACUCACGUUUCAACUCAUCCAGCACCCGUUUCCUCUGGAAGGGGGAGCCACACUGUGUAGCACCGGCCUUCUCUUUUGGGGCGGCUAGAACUCAAAUCAUCAGUUCUUACCAGUCAUCGCUCAAGCUGUAGAGCCCCAGAUAAAGCUGCUGCUGCUUCUUUUAGGCUCGAUUUUAGAGACCCUCAGUCCUCUCGACUUUCAGGCGGUGAAGCAAGAGCAUGCGCAAAAGACCGUGGCAACUGUUUUCUUGUACUUAAUUACCUAAAUGCAUUAUCAAAUAGCCUGCUUGUUAGUUUGCAGAAACUAAAGUACGGUUUGAGUCGGUCACAACGAGCGGUGUUCCAGUAUUUAAUGUAGCUGUAGACCACACAUUUCUGUGAUAUAGUUAGGGGACUAUAACGUGCCAAUUAUUCCAAAAAAAAAAAAAAGAAAAAGAAAGAAAACGAAAAAAGAUUUGCUUUGUGUAUGUCGUGCAUAUAGUAUUUUGUAAAAUAAUAAUAAUAAUAUUAGCAGCUAUUAUUAUUAUUGUUAUAGGACAAAAAUGAUCCGACGCCUCAGAUCUCAAAAUCUCAGUAUUCUCUGUGUACUCUCGACGUAGGAGUUACUAGUUUUCACUGAUACUGAACUCGGUAGGUGGCCAGUUGAAUAACAUGGAAAUUAUUGGUUGCCUUGGACUCUCCCGGAAUCUCCGGCUUGUGUUGGCUCCGCCUCCUUCGGGAUCUACGUAGCGCAAACCAAUCACAGGGACUGUGGGAAGGGUGAGGGCGGAACAGGGGAGCUCAUGGAUGGAUCCUCCACGGCCUCGACUCUUCAGUCCCGGCCACUGCUGCAACAUGGUUUUAUUUUUUUAACUAUUUUUUUAGAGAUGAAUAAAUCAAUAUGAAAUAAAUGUACAUUUGAAGAUGUUUAUGGUAAAGCCGGUGUGGUUGGAGAAGGCUAUUUUGUCGUCUAACAUUAGGGGUCGUGCUUGGGUCGGAGGAAAGCCAGAGCUGAUGGAAUUCUCUCCCCAUAUUUCAAGAGUUAGUUUGUGCAGAGAUGUUGAUUUUUCUCAGCAGGCUGAGCGUGUGCCCUCUUCUGUGUGGAAAUGAAGUAGAUUUGAUACAUAUUCUUCUGUCCUCCUGUGAGAAUGCCUUUCACUUGCUCAGAAACACAGCUAAUGUAAUGUAAUCUAAUGUAAUGUAAACUGCAUAUAAUAUGUAGCAGUGGGUCGGUCGAAUGAACGGAUUUGGACAUGUUUUUUCACACAUAUCCCCUUUCUCGGUUCAAUUUUUGACUUGUUUUAUACUGUAAGUAGGUAAAUGGUGACGGAGCUGUGAUUCGAUGUAAUAGUUUCGUGUGUUGAUGCUCUUUUAACUCAAGUACAGAGCUUCUGAACAGCACUUGUCUUUGUAAAUAAUCACUUAAUGUACAGAAUCCAUGGCUGAAAUGAGCUCGCUCUCUUAUACAAGACCAGUGUCAGCACAUUUGCUGUGCGUUUUUUUUUCUUUUUUCUCUGACUUUCUUUCUUUUUUUAUUAAUUAAUCAUGUGCAAUAUGUAUGUUUCAGUUUUGUAAAUUCAGCCAGUUGGCUGGUUGCUCGUUUUGUUUGUCGUUUCUGUUAUCAUAUUUCCAAUAUCAUACGUCAAACCCUAUAUUAUUUCUCGCCCCCCACCGACAUCUCGUUCUCCCUGGUCUCUGUUUUACCUGCAACCUUCAGUCAGGAAUGUCAACUAAAGUACUCUUGCAUGUAUAUUGUACAAAAUAUUCUCUAGAUAUUGCAUAUUUCCAGAGAUAUUAUCAGUGUUACAGUUGACCGUUGUUAAAUGAGUGAUGAUGAUGAUGAUGAUGAACAUAUUAAAAUCUGUAGACUUCUCUUCAUUCGAAAUGUCUUUAUCCUGUUUCGUACCGAAAUAGAUUUAAUUAGGAGACAUCUGUUUAUUGUUUAUCUGGGCUUUUUCAAAAAUCGAACACUGAACGUCAAAUAGUUGAUAAAGGAAAAUAUUAGCUGGUAGCCUAAUUGUAAUGAAGUGCCGCCGGGGCACAUUCGUAUAAUAAUAAUAAAAAUAAUAAUAGAAGCUUACAGAUAAUAGAGCAUAAAUCUGUGUUUAUGUCAUUAUCAUAACCUGGCUUGUUCCCAAAAUGCACUGAGGCCAGUAAUUUGUACAGUACAGCAUUAAUCAGAUUAGGACAACCCUUCUCUGUGUACAGAUGCGAUCACCCGAAGCAAUUUCUGACUAUACAUACCACCACAACUGUCAAGAAAAUGUCUCUUUCGUUUUUUGUUUUUCUGUCUUUCUUUCUGUUUUUUUUUUUUUAGGUUUUUCACCUUUGUGUUGAAUGUUUUUUUAUGGAUUUCAGUGCAGUGUAUUGUAAAUGUAUCGUGGUGCUUCAGCUUUGUACAGUACAGUACUGGACGGUCAAGUCAAAACGUCACAAAGCUUUGCAUGCAGCUGAUGCCUAGCACCUCUGGUUGAAAUGUGAGCUUAUUUAAAAAUGAAGAAAUGUGCUUUCUUUUUACUACUUUUUUUUUCUCUCAUCUUUUGUUUGUUUGAUUGUUUUGGGUUUUUUUUUUUAAAGUGAUGUUGGCUUGCUGUUACAUUUUAUGCUGUGCCACUGCAUUUCGGCAUGUAUAUCACUCAUUACACUUCAUUUUUUCUUUUCUGUAAAAAGCCUGUGUCGCUGUAUAUAUCACGAACCAAUGUGAGAAAAUAGAAAAAAAAAAGCAUAUCGUAUAUAAAUCUAAUAUGGAUGAUAAAGGGAAAGUGUAAGGGUAGGGGGUUGGGUUGACGUGUACAUAGUCUGUAUAAUACUUUUUUGUUUUUCGCUCAGCCAUCGCAUUGACGGUGUAGUCCUUUUUCACCUUAAAGAGACUCAUAUUAACAUGACACUGCUUCUGCUACCAAAUGUACUUUCGAAUUUGUCAUAGGAUCUUCUUUAAUAAGCCGACUGUUACAUAACUCUCAUCGCCUUUCAUGUGCGUCCACUCAUACAUUUCAUUUUUUUAAUUACCAAACAAAGAGAGGAUGGUUUUAAUAUGCAUUCUGUUUCUAAGUAGAUGAUGAGACCCUAUUGAUGUUUAACUAUAACUGUGACCAUGUUGAGAACAUGAAAUAAAACAAUAUACCGUAAAAUUCUAA